AUGUUGCGGCCAAAUUGGCUUCCGAGGGCUCUGCUUCCCCUACUCCUCCUCUCCCUGGCUCUAAACGCUCCAACAGGACUAGGAGGUCCGACGAAGAACCAGGAGGGUGACCUGCGCCUGGAGGACGGUGACACCUUCGGAUCGGGCACUGUAGCAGUUUUUCGUGGGUUCGUCUGGGGCCGUGUCUGUGACGAUCACUGGACCAUUAAGGAAGCCAACGUCGUCUGUCGUCAACUGGGCUACGGACAUGCUGUGCGUGCAUUGAAGAGGAACCACUUUCACUCAAGAUCAAGUCGUAAGUUCAGGAUCCCUAGAUGAAUUAAAAAGGCAGUAGGAGUUGGGACGAAAUCCUCUACUUAUAAACAUGACACUUUGUUUUUGUGUCUACUUUGGUAGUAACACAUUUUUAAUAGGGAGGCUUUUAUGACCUGCGGGCAGAUGGCAUCGUAGCAGUUAUAUUCGCGUUCUGAUAAAGUCAGAUUCAAAGGUUUAUUUUUAAUUUCAUUCGGAACGCAUAGAAGGAGUUGUCCUGGGUGUUCCAAAACAUCUUUUCAGACUAGUGAGUCUCACCUCUGCCUUUGUUCUGAUUCAAAAUUCAGCAGUCAUUUCCAAAGCAUUCGACUGAGCGUGACUCAAGCAUUUCACAGGUUUGGCAUAACUUAUUUUGCUGAGCCCUUGUUUUGAAAAUAGGGAUUGUCUGAAGUAAAACAAUAAGUACUGAAUGCUUCAGAUCAAAAGGACUUUAGAGACGAUUAGCAAUUCUUUGAAAAUUUAGUAGGAAUAUUCAGGUCGUGUUGCCUCCGUUUAUAAUUAUUAAGGCAUUUUUCACAACCGCAGAUUAAAUUGAAAGUGAACGAGAGGUGUUAGCAGUGAGUCAAUGACACGUUUAUUUGGAUUCUCGCACUUUAGAAUUUAUUGCUCGUACCCAGCUAGAGUUACCUGCACGCAUUCAGCACUGUUUUCAUAAGCUUAUUGAGCCCCAGUCUCUAUUAAAAGUGACAUAAAAAGGAUUUUUUGAAAUAGUGCUUACCUAGUAGGCUGAAGCUGUGGAUAAAUAGUCCCUCUUAUGAAUGUCCCUUUCCUUCACGCACUCACACCGAAACGGCAGUUAAACAAGAGAGCGCACUUAACAUUACGUCCCAGUAGCAAGUACUGCGGCUGCAACCUCAACAAUAAUUCUCGCAUAAUCAGGCCACAUGUUAUAGCUUAACCGUAAAAUUGUGCCAUCCAGCCAAACAGCUUAAAAAAUGAGAUAAGGUCUUAUUCAGGGUAUAAUUAUAUGUAUCUUUUCUUGUGUGGUCGACUUCAAUAGUUCUCUUUUUCGUACAGGUUCAGAUUUCGGAAAGCGUAGAUGUUUUUUCGAUAGAGCGUUAAGUACACUAACUUUGUGCCCCAGCGUGCUGCACUUAGACAUAACUGAAUUUGCUUUUUGAAAGUUCAUAUUCGAAAUACUCUUCUAUGACGAAUAGGAAACUCCUUACCCUCUUUCGCCAAAAUUACUUACCGCUUUGUUGCCAUUUUAUUUAUUCGAGCAAGUACACGUUCAUGCAAAUCAUUAUUUUUAUGCAUAGCCAUGUUUUCCGCUCAUACAAAUCCGCACUAAGAUGAAAUUAUCGCCCUUCUUACUGUUCAACCGUAAAUUCGAAGACUGAUGUCUUGCGUGGUAGAUUUCUGGCGACAAAAGUCCAGCAAUACUACAUGGAAUAACUUGUCUCCCCUCGAAAGUUUAACUUUCCCACUUUUAUAAGUUGGCGCUGUCAGAAUCACCUAAUUUUUAAAACGCAGCAGAAAUUAUAUCUCCAGUUAAAAUGUGCUUUGUGCUUUCUUUUGCCUCUUUCUUAGAACACCAAAGAUCUUAUGGAAUGCUUGCGAUUGCACAGAAGUACGGGGUUUAAUGUUGGUUGAAGGGUUUUCAUAAUUUUAGACGUAUACAGCAUGAAUUUUUGGGGGUUACGUGAUCGCAAAUACAAAAGAAGGACUGUUUAUCUCUCCUGAAUAUUUUAGUCAACAUAAUUUGCUGGACACGAGUGAUAAUGUGAGUUAGAGGUGCAAGUUGGGCAGGUGACCUUGUCACUGGAAAAAAAAAAGUUUUAUUCGAAAAUAUAUCCAAAACGUCAGGUAAAUAAAACUAUUUUUCCCGCGGACCGAGUCUUCAUUUUCCUAAGUAUUUGCUAGCUCAGCACCGCGUCUCCAGCGAUAUCCAGUUGUCUUCACAACUUUUCAGUACAUGUUUGCCUUGCCAUUAGUGAAAAUUACAUAGAGAUCAUCGCCGUCUCACAGACAGUGGUGGUCUCUGUCUCUUGAAGCUGGCAAACCUGUUUCGGGACACACGAUCACUUCAGAACGUUAGAAUAAAAUCAGAACUUCCUCAUGCAUAUAUUCCUCAAAGCAGUUACAGUAGAGCAAAAUACGGAAGAUUAUUGGAGCAAUUUUAAACCGGUUUAUGCGCAGAUUCUUGUAUGGUAGGUUGGUUUAUUAGCAUUGUUAUUUCACAAGUGAAUUAGAGGAAGUAAUAGGAUGCAUCCAGAAAUGUUCUUUCACUGUAUCAAGCACUGUCAUAUUGUAAAUAUUAAAUUGAAUGAUACUAGUAAUUACUUGCGAAAAAAUGCAAGGCAACAAUUCUAAGAGUUCAAGUACCACCUUGCACUACUGUUUGUUUUGGUGAGAACUUCGUCGUCUCGCUUGCAAAUUCCGAACAGACCGAAAGUGUCAGAACACUGUCCAUUGUGUAAUUAUUUACCGUACUAACAACACAGGUAUCAGCUAAAUGCCCAGACACGCGUGUUUAACCGAUCUUGUGCCGAUGCCUGAGGCAGCUGCGAAAGGUUCGACUCGUCAGUGGGUUCAUUCGCUUUCCCCGUGUAUUUUCUGGUAUGUGAACUUCAGUUUCAACUUGCCUUUUUUAAGUUCCGAAGAAAUCAAUGCGCCAGCUUGGAAUAAAUCUUUCGGAUAAGACCAUUUUAUCAGAGUUGGCGCAUUAAUUUCCUCGGAAAUUACACAAGGCAAGUUGAAACUGGAGUUUACAUACUAGAAAGUACACGGGGAAAGCGGAGGGAUCUACUGACGAUCCGAAAUCCUCGCAGUUGCGUCAGGCAGCGGCACAAGAUCGGCGAAACACGUGUCUCUGGGCUUUUAGCUAAUACCUAUAUUGUUAUUACGGUAAAUAAUUACACAACUCUAUACUGCUGGCUGUCUGUUGGUGGUUUGUGAAUAUUACGCGGUUAUUCCGCAGUAGCUGAUGGAUUUCAGCUUAAAUAUUAAUAUCGAAUUUCGGCCCGUGCCUGGAAAGGUCUGUUCCGAAAAAUUUACUCCAAGUUCGCGCAUUAAUUACCUCGGAAACUAAACAAGGCACACUGUUCAUUGUUUCGCAAAAUGUCAAUGUUAAUGUAGAUCUUAAUUGCAUAGAAGAAUUCGAAGAUGCUUGCCCAUGUUCCCACCCGGGAAUAUGUUUGGCAGCUCUCGGUUAACUGUUUGAAUAAAGAAACGAUGUUCCAUAUAACCCUUCGAAAUGUGACACAUGAGCAUUCUCUGCGUGUUAAGAAAUGUUUAGGGACACACAGCGAGCCUUUUAGGAAGCUCAGUUGUCGACUGCCCUUUGCACUUAUACUAUCGAAGAAUGUUGGCAGACGCAAAAUAACACACCAAAAAUCAAUCGCUGAGUGGCAGCUCAGGGAACGAAGUGUUUUUUGUCGAUCUCUGUUUUUUUUUAAAAAACUCGUUUGUCUUUCGUCUAUACAGAAGACUUAUGGAAAUACUGUGCUUUUCGUUUAACAUUACGUACCUCAUGAAGUUGACAAAUGAUAAUCACAUAGAAUACAAACAUAAAUUUGUAUAGCUUUGGGCAGUCGAUCUGAUAUGGUCAUUAACCAAUGUAUCAAAGAUUAAGUUCAAACCAGUAGAAACCCUGUCAAGUUCCUGACAUAUCUGUGCAACCCUCGUCAGUUUGUAUGCAACAGUUUUACGUGGGCUGUAGUACUAGCUCGGCUAAGAAUAGAUUUUCCGGACAUAUGAGGAGAUAAGUUCGGUAGUUUUUAAUAUGAUAUGUAUGACAUGACUUGCAGGACCUUGCAGCGGUUCUAAAUAGUUAUGCUGAUUUGUCGUCACUUUAUCAUAUCUGAGCCAUUCUCCGCGAUUCAGUGCAAAACAUUUCCCUUUUCGACGGAAAAUACUUUUAUGGUUUGGAAAAUUGGAAAUGUGCUGUACAACAGUCGGUCAUAUAAUCGAAACUUCACUACGGACUGCGUAGCAAAUAACGUACACGCAUGUUAAGCAAUUUUUAAAAGGAAAUAUGCAAAAUGUCUGCUUUAAAUAUUGAACCAUCUCCACUUAGUGCAAGGCACGAAAGAUAACUCUAGGUCGUACCAUUUGCAAGGUGACGGACUGCUGACUAUUGUCCAAAGGAAUUUAAAUCAUGUAAUAUUCCUUUUCCUAGAGGAGUGCGUUUGUCCUCUGCGAUAAUUGUUUGGCCCUUAUCUAGGUAGAUGUGAUAGCGGCACCUGCUUAAAACUUCACGCUAAAAAUUUCAUGCGCAGCGAACCUUUUGACAAAAAAUUGCAUGAUAUCUAACUUCCGAUUGAACAGAACAUUUGCCUUACUAGAAAUAAAAUUUUGGAUGUUUGCUUUUCUAAUCGUUAAAUUCAUGAUAAAUAAGACACUCAUUGAUUUUGUUUGGUUGGGAGCGAACAAUCAGAAUCGCAGUGUGUCUACUGUAACGUCGCCCAUCAGUUCACGCAAACCUGCUAAGAGUUUACGGCCAGGACACAUCUGUUGUCUGGUAGACAGAAACAGUCCUCUAAAGAGAAGGUCGUACUUAUUUCCUUGACCUAGAAGAACAUUUUUAUUGCGCCAACUUGAUUGACGUCGGACAAAAUCGUUUGGCGGCAGCAUCAUGGCUGCCUCAAUGAGGAACCGUUCUUUUGUUUGCGUCCACUUUUUAGCGCAAACAACGGGGGAACUUUAGAUGGCUGGUUACGCACCAAAUUCGAGCACAGACGCUGCGUGGGACGAAAAGCAAAUUUUUCAGGACAGUCGUUUGCUCAUUUGGCUAAUGCUCCACGUUUUUCACCGGAAUCUCGCUUUGCUUUCUGUAGUCUUAGAAGCAUAUAGCCCAUUUUCGAGGCGAUUGUUUGGAUAUGCCCGAGAGGUGCAUUAAGUUUUCUCUUAACGUUUUACUUUUAACUAUUUAACUAGACUGUUUGGUUCUUUCUCAGGCUAUAAAUGCUGUGAAAUGGGUUAGUUGGUCGUCCUUGCCAGCACAGCCGCCACUACUCUAAUAAAAAUAUGGGGAAUAAAAAACAUGUGAACUGAAACUUAAGCAGGGAAUAGGCAUGAUGUAUUGGCUUUGCUGGCAGUGGAUAUCUAUCUAAAAUUUCCCUGCAUUCGGUCCACAUUUUGAUAACCCUAAGCAUAAUGUUCCUUUCAGAACGAUACCCAGAUGCCGCACAGUCUUUGUGUAAAUAACGACGACGGUAGUAAAUCAAAAGCGUUUUACAAGAUAAGCAAAGCUCAUUAUCUGUCAAUAGCUGCCUAGUUUUCAAAUUUUGCUCUUGGAAACGAGCCGUUUUGUUGGACCAAACGCCUGAACCGAUAUUUGCAAAGGAAAACAAAAAAGACCUUCCCAACUGAUCCAAGUGAUUUGGAGUUUUCGGUUUUUUAAGAGCAAUGCUCCCGUUCAGAAACUCAUUUGUUUCAAAAUGAUCCUCGUGAAAGGAAAGGAUGUCUGCAUAUGUUAAAACAAGUUAGCAAACACGAGUAUAUUGCUCAAGUUCCGCGCUCCCUCGAGAAAAUAAUUUGGUUUCCUUCCGCGCCAGAGUGAUGAGAAGUACUAAUUUCGGGGAGCCUGUGAGCCACUCAGACGAAUGAAGGGAGGGUUGGUGUCUAACACAUGUUCACACUCUUGCAAGAAAAACAACGUAUUCUAGUUUUUAGGCGCAGAUCUGAGAGUAUUUUUGCGUCCAGUGUGGGUUUACAUAUGUGCUAAAUAGCGCGGAAGUGAGCUUAGGCAAUGCAGUUUGCAUGGGAUUUUCAAUAACAAAGUCCUCACCUGUGUUGUUACUAUAGGCACUCUGCAAUUGACGGUGGUAUUCCAGUAAAGGUUAAGUUAUUAAAGUAGCUAAUUUUAAUUUAUUUGGCGGUCCGAUGACCUUUUCGUAAGUCUAGCCGGCUGAGAACAUGAGCUAUAAAGGAAUCAAGAGCGCAAGGUUUGCCUAACCGAAAUAAUUGCAAAGUCGGCUGUUUUGCGUUUACAGCACCAGUAUAAUAUUACUCCCAUCCUAUUUUUCUUUGCCGAUUUAAAAUACUAGGGUCAUCACUACAUACCGUCAAGUAAUCAUUUCAGUUGGGAACGCCAGAAAUUCGCUCCUCAAUAGCUGAUUGACCUGAGCACGGAAAGAAGGAAUUGCCGAGCUUCUACCUGUUUGUGAUAGAAAGGUCAGAACAGCCUUAAUAAUUUGCUUUUCCUUGGGAUUCAUGUGAAUAUCUUCUCCUCAUUCUAUGGAGAUGCUGCAUUUUUAUGAAGCAGCAGUUUCUAAACUGCAUUUUGGCAGUCCAGUAUUCUCCCGUAGUCAGUUUGCUAUCGAAUCAGUCGUAGCAAUAAAAGGCUGUUUACCAUUUAUAGACCUUAGAACGUGGCAGUUAACGCGGAGUUCGAAAAUACUUUGAAUUACUAAAAUAAAUUCAAGUCCAUGUUCCGCCAUAUUGAAAGAUAGAUAAUCCGUUACUUUCUCCACCAUUCCAAUAGUUUUGUUGGUAUUCUUCCGUAUAACAACUCGUACUAGAUACAUGAAUGCUGCAUUUUUCAGUAAAGAAUAUAGUUCUCCGGAAUUUAAUGCAGAGCAAUGAUUGUAUUUACAAACCCGACCGUCCUUAUUUUUUGUACUCCUUUUGCUAAAUGAGCUUCCUAGCAUGAGAACGAACUGUCGUCCUGAAAAGGAAAAUCGAUGCCGUUCGUUUAGUCUAAUUAGGUUAUUUGCUUAGUACAUCAUUGGCAACAGUGACAUUUAUCUUUAGUAAUUGGCCAAUGGUUUGUUUAAGUUAACCGUGUUCUGUGACUUAGAAACCCAACACUGGAUUAUAAGUCACUAUACAUAAAAGAUCCAAGAGCGUACUUGCGGAAGAUGUUACUUUGAACAACUAUCUUAUUUUCUCUACGCAAGACAAUUUUUCCUCGUUGGCAAAGUACUUCCGACAGAGGAAACUUACUUUAACGUCGAGGUUAUAACACCCAUCUCUCUCCCAAUUAAGCUAGCUGGUUUCAGCAUGUUUUACUCAGGCUCCAGAAAGUCGUAUUUUUUUCUUUACAUGGGAACCUUAACAUAAGUUCACUGCCAAUAACGCUCUAAAAAGCAAACCAAUUUUAGGUCGAUUUUAAUAAUGAUAGUAAAAGUAAUAAUGUAGACAAGUAUGUAUUUCGGUCUAAAAUAGGUCGAAAAUAUCGUCUGGUCUACUGAAUACUAUGGAUGACGAAAAUGUUAUGCAUUGUGAUGAAAAGCUCCUCGUAAACCUGACGAAGGUAGUCAGUCCGACGCGUUAACAAUUAGAUACCAACAAGUCUGUUGUACGUAGAGAAAACAGGUAGCCGCACUUGUUGUAUUCAUACUGUGCUAAACCUGCCUGGUGACGCACUGUUAUUCAUUUGAGAGUUGAGCAAACGGCUGUCACCUGUAAAGUUGUAAUUUUAAUCGAACCAUCAGACAUACGGACUGAUUUUUAGACAUCCUCGGUCUUCCCCUCCAGGUUUCUAUUUUAUGGACAACGUAUAUUGCAACGGUACUGAGACGCGUCUCGUCGACUGCCGCUUUGACGGAUGGGCUCGGCAUGACUGCAGUUAUGGCGAGGAUGCAGGAGUUCAGUGCGCCCAGUUGACUCCUCCGAAGGAGAAGAAAUCCUGGAACCCACUGAAACUUAGGUAUAGCGAAGAAGUACUAAAUGCGAUGCGAAAGGCAAGUUUAGACCCCUCGAAAUUUGAAAAUCCCAGUUUUCUGUAAUGAAGGACCUCUUUUUCAAUUUCGAUCUUUUUUAUACGUGCACGGUCAAUGGCAAAUUGAUCUUAUACUCUGUCCCGCAGUCAAGAUACACCCAUAAGCAGAUUAAGUUUCAAGCUAAGCAUAAACUGGUAGAAAAACAAAAUCCAUGCUUGACUGAAUUGGCCGGAAAAAUUUGCUUUUUAAAAACAGCAUAACUCCCAACAAUUUUGUCCAAGACGUUACUUAUUAACAUUUACAAUUUACUAUUUCAAUCUGCCUAAUUUAGGUACCAUUUACACUGGAGUCGGCCGCGGCUCAUGGGUGGGUUUUUCGGCCUCUCGAAUAUGUUCGUUCAAUAGAGGAGAAGCCAGUUGCUCGUGUUCUCAUUGUAAAUCCACACUCCAACGAGCGGCUGUCGGGUGGGGUUUGUCCCGACUACUUCACCACUAUUGAAGCCAUCGUCGCCUGCAAACAAAUUAAUCACGGCAUUGGAGGAAAAGUCAUUGAGGUAAUCAACUUGUGCUCAUCCUACGGUCGCAAUAAAAGGCAUUGAGAAAAUAAAUUUUAUUCUCGAAUUUUUUAGCAUGCAUCUGUCUUUUGUCCCCUAACGUGUCCAUCUCCCUUAACACCAUUGCCGAAAUUCACGAUUGAAACUCUGUGAGCACCCAGUCGUCUAAGUAACUUCAUUCCUCCUUUCAUACCAAACCUGCAAAGCUCUUCCAAUUUGUGCCUUCUGUUGCACAGGCGUAUCAUGUGCGCGGUUGAUGUUUUAUGUACGUUAGGAGCCAAAAACAUAGUUAGCCCUAACAUGUGCUUAAACGUUAGAGACAAAAAACUGCCUCCUAAAACGCUCAUCUGAACUUCUCAUUCAAAGUUGGCCAGAUUAUCGUUGUUUUUCUCUGACUAGUAGAAGUAGCAAGUCGCCUUCAUCGAGAUUCCCUUCAUUCUCAGUCUGUGCGGCAUAAUUUUGGUGACCUAGUAUAAAAGAUUGGUUUACUUUGGCGUUGAUCUCACAACCGAUGGCAAUAAGUACUGAUUCUGCUACUAUAUCGCUGGAGGUUGCCAUAAGCUUGAAUAAAUGUACUGCGAUUUGUCUCUCAGUCUCAGAGUGAACAUAAACCCACUACCUGUAAAACUUCGAAGUCACGCCUUUUAGGGUGUUGCGAUUGACCAAAAACACGUUAAAUGAAUUAUAGUGAUUAAAAAUUGUCACUUAGUGCAGAUGAUCCUCACGCUCUCCUUCUUCUCCUUGUCUACACUGUUGGCAUGAUUAAAUCAUGUGUUUGCUGUUUAAUAAUGACUGAUCAGCGACUUCAUUUCCUCCUCUAUCGCCCGCUACAGACGGAUUGUUUCGCCAAAUCAAACCAACCGGACUUCGUUCGAACCCCUGCUCAAAAACAGAGCGCUUGGCCCCGUUUAAAGUCAAACGCUCCCUGACGCGUACCUAGGAAGAGGGCUCCUACAUUUCCAUAGAGUUGUUAUCAGUGUAUAAGAGUGGCAAAUAUCUGCCCGUGAGGUGGCGGGCUGUGACAAAAAAAAACAUUUUUUUCUCUCGACGUAGAGACAGUAGCCCCCUGACUUACCUGGAUUGUUCCUCCCUGAGUCUGACGGCCCAAGAAGAACGCUCAAGCGUAUGUUAUCGUUCAAAGUAACCCGCCUGCAAGAUAAAUAACUUUCAAUUCUGCUACAGGCUGUAAAAGGGAGCUAGUUUGAUCAUACUACAACACAGCGCGCCGCAGAAAACGAACAGAAAUUGACAGCAUUAACCUCUUCCUUCUAUGCUUAGACCACACCAGUACGCUUAAAACCCCCUCCAUCAAACUUAGCAUUCGGGGAAGUCUCAAGAUUAUCCGGCUGAUUUGACAUUAAAGACAUUAACCCGAGCAGCUGGCCGAAGUUAGUAAACGACAUUUCCCUACUGAAGAACAGUGAAAAGAGGAGCGCGCCUUUUGUCUGCUUGCAACACAGAACAUGCUACAAAUGUUUCCUGACAAAGAAAUACUCUAGCAAAAGGCUAACAUAGGCGCGUCGGUGAAGCGCCUGUGUGGAGGUCUAUUUCAACCAAAUAUUCACCGAAGAUGGUCGGUCCUAUGCAUCUUAUCACCAGAAGAACCUUCGGCUGACACCUCCUCCUGAGAAAAACAUUGUCCAAUUUAAUAUGCUCUGAUGUCGCAUUAAGAUGAAUUCAGGAUGUUUAUAAGGUUUUAUAAUACCUCUCGUAAACAUGGACCAUAGUUAAUAUUCCUGAUCACGAUCGACGGGAUAACGGGCCCGAGGCUCGAGGGUCGAGUGCUGAAUAACGCUCAAUGACCAGAGGAUCGGGGUUUGUGAAGGGCUAGCUGGUAACAGUUUAUGAACCGCCAACUUUCAUAGAUAAUCGGCUGACAAACAAUAUUUUCCGAUUUGUCUUCAUCAGGUCAAUGCAUUGACAGUUUUUCAAAAGUUGAAAUGUUAUUAAUGUUUAUCUUUGCUAGGUACCAAUGCACGAGGACCUAACAUCGACAGGACGCAACGUGGCGAUAAUAGGACGUUGUUAUGGGAACGAGACUGAUUUGAGUCAGUGCCUUUCGUACAUUGAUGUGAGCGGAGUUCAGUGUCAAUCAAACAAAACUGUGGCAAUCGAAUGCAAAAGCAGUAAGUUCUCGUACAUUCUGAACUGAAUUGAUGAAUUGACUUGAGGCAGGUGUUUGUAGGUGUUCCACAAGCUUAUUCAAAUCACACCUGUCAGCAUGUCAUUUAUGGGAAUCCGUGAACAAAACAGUUUGCUCAUUGUCGCAGAGGAGUCAGGUGAUUACGAUCGUAUACUAAUUCUCUUGUGAUGAAACUGACUGUCUGAGAGGCUUUGAAACCUUCGAAUAUUAUAAUGACUUUUAGAGUGUAACCUUGCCGUGGAGAGUAGAUACGUCCCCCUUAACCUGGACAGGUUUGGCUGUAUGUCAACUACAGACGCGGAGCACUCACUCCCCGCGAUGUUGAGCACAGACAUACUUGUAGAGAUAGUCGCUUGAUUCAAAUAGACAACAGCGUGGUUUGAUUUUUGAUUGAUCGUUCGGAUUAUUCGUGACUCCUGACAAUUGAAAGUGCUAAAGCACUCGUUUUGACUGUGUACUGGUCUUUCAGAGUAACAAUAUCUCAAUGUCUUUUACUGCCUAGCAUUACCGGAUCUGCAACCGGACGUGGAGGCAAUGAGACGAUCAGUCUACUUGCAGAGGCGAACCCUUUGGCAACUAGAGUGUGCGCUUGAAGAGAACUGUUUCCCAAAUACCGUGUACACCUUCAUUGCGAACAAUCCGAGUAUGUUGCUCACAUUAUUUUCUUGUUCUACGAAUCCCCACAUGUUAUUUGAAAAGCUUUAUUUAAAUAGAUAGGAUGAACUGCGUUUUCGAAACUUCCAAAAGACUUUAUCUUCUGGCAAGAAAUUCACGCUCUAGAACAUUAUACAUCAGUAUUAGUUUCAACAAUCAGAUAUGUAAAUUCGAGAAGAGAUUUUCGGAAUGCACCGCUACAAUGCACACUUAAGCAGGAUCGCGAAUAUUUCCAAAUGAGACAAUGGACUAAAUACUGCCUCCACCACUUUGCCAAGAUUGUGGAACAAAUUACAUAACAAAAUGCAAUUUGAUGCGGCCAUAGCGUUUUCUUAACAUUUUCAUACAUUUCAGCGCGAUACCAGUGGGCAAGGAGAACCCUGCUUCGCUUCACCUCGAUCACAAAGAAUGUUGGAACAGCGCCGUUCUUGCCUAAUCUAAUUCCAGACCACUGGGAGUGGCACCCAUGCCAUGCGUGCGUCAAUAUUUAUAUUCUUAUAUUCCUGUCGUUUACUUUGCAAGAAAACGUUAGCAGAUUUGACCUCUCGCUAAGCUGCAUACUGUCAAUGUAUAGUUGCCAAAAUCAGUUCGCGGCAGGCAGAAGCAAAUGGGGAAUGUGAGUGUGGUAACUUAGCAAGCAGAUCAAUUGGAUCAUGACGGGCUUGGUGAAACUGAGGGAACUGGUGUUAAUCAACACAUCUUCAGCACCAGGACAGCGCUUGUGAAAUCCUGGCUUUCGCUUCAUUAUCGCAAUAACCUCACAGUCGCAUAGGAUGUCUGCGGCUCUUGCGCACGCGGGAACAAAAGGUACUGGAGAGAUGAGACUGAAAAACCCCGGAGGUCGCACAGAAAAUUAAAGUCGUAGACAAAGUGACAGCUGUCUGAAUUUGCCAAAUGACCCAUGUGUUCUUAGAUGCUAUAGGCUAUCGAAAACCUACAGAACAGGCAUGUCACUGGCCUACUUUACCAGUGAAUGCCCACAAUAGAAGCUCGCAUAGUGGCUAGUGAAAUAAUGGAAGACAUAUGUUGAACAACGGCCUAAUGGAUCUUACCCCACUAACCAAACCAACUUUUUCAGUAUACAUUCAGAACAUCUCCUAAAGUGUGCUACUGGAAAACGUCGUCGAAAUAUCAUAUGACCAUACACCUGUAACCGACAUAGAGCGGUCUAGUGAGCUAAUAAAAUUGAACAGCAAGAACAUUCAACUGCUUGUUAAUGACAAUUUAGUGAGCAGAUUUGUUGUGUAAAUAUCGCUAUUUCGUUAGCUCCGGUUUUGGCAGCUACUUCUACGUUCAAGUAUCAGGAGGAAAUAGUCUGGAAUUUUAAAUAAAUCCAUAUUUUGUAGGUGAUUUCGGACGACAUCUUCACUUCGGUGGAUGGUAGAAGCAAUGGGUUAUUGUUAUGAACGAACUGUAUUAAAUUGUUGGAUUCGUGAUUGAACACGAAAAAAUACAAGUCGACUUUCUUUGGGGUAGCAUGGCGCAUAGGGAACUAUAACCAUAACCGGAGAUCUAGCCAUCGGAAGGUAAAAUGAAAAGUACAGCACACCUAAUUCCUGAGCUGUAGUUCACAUCACGUCAGCAAAUUUGUUCUGUUGAGUCUUCGGAAGACAACUUCAAGCUCUUCAAAAGCAUCAGCCUUACAGUCCAUGCCCCUCAGGAAUUCAUUUAAGUGUUGCUACGCCAGAAAUGUAAAAGCAGUGAAACUUCCAGUCACAAAGAAAUUGGACAAAGUUCUUAAAACAAUUAAAAAGCUAUGCUGUGGCGCAGUUACUGGACAUACAGGGCUGUCAACUUUAUAUUCAUUGGCCCUUUAAUGACCAUCUUGGCCACAACACGUAAAAACACUCGCCUAUGCGCACCGCUCCUGCGUUUGGCAACUUAUUUGUAGUUGUAAAUGCAAAUAUAUCAGGCGCGCGCAAGGACAACAGCGCGACCGGCUGGGUGCCUGUCAGGUUAGCUGUUAAAGAUUGAAAUGACAGUGUACAGAAACUCAGUGAUAAGGCACAGAGUGGACAUUGAUCACGUUGUUGGCCCAACGUUUGUACUUAUAAUCAUUCUAGGAGCACUGGCGGCGUGUUCUCUACGCCACUUUGAGGGUAGGAUAAGAAGAGGAGGGACACAGGUUUGCAAGCGCCUGGGUCACGUCGUUAAGCUCUCACGCGUAAACAGAACGUGUUAAUUAAUCCUCCUCCCCUCACCAUCAUCAAACCCGUCCCUAUGACAGUUAAUUUAAUAGUCAUUUCGUCAAGCUUGCAUGCCCUAUACGCGUUCUGCGAAUCACAUUCCAACUGCAUAGAAGCGAUGUUCAUCUGGGCUAAAUAGCCCGAGGCUUGAUUGUACCACUAAAUGUGCUCCGCUUACUGCCUUCACCCUGUCCAAAUUUCACCGGAGAUGAAAUGUCACAAGAGAGAAUGUAACACUAUCAAUCUCGUAAUAAUAGACGUACCCGGUCAGUAACCAUACCACGUAGAAGUCACCGGUUCUCGUCUGAUCACCAAAGUUAAGCUACGUUGGACCCGGUAAGUAUUUGCAUGGGUGACUGGCUGGGAAUAUCGGGUGUUGCUGGCAUCGCUCUUUCGGCCUAAAGGUCUGUAAAUGUCUGCCAUGCCAGGAUCAGCAAACCGUGACCCUCGCUGCCUGGCAUGCGCUGGAAGUUCUCUAGCACCUGAUCCCCUGCCAGUAGACGCGCUUGCGCUGCCGCUGGCUAUAUGGGUCGUGAGCAUAGCUGCCCGGUCAUUUUCCUCCUUCUGACCCAUUGUCGUGUUGUUGUUGUUGUUGUUGUCGUCGUCGUUGUUGAUUUAAAUCAUGGACGAUUGUUGUGUGGACCAGGGGGUGUGGAGCGGAGCUCCAAGGUGCGGGCUCGCCCGCGCUAUCCACCUGCAUCCUCCCCGCCUCGGGUAUUGACUCUGUAUUGACACUGGGCUCAGGUGGAGGAGGAAAAUAGAAAGUGAGGUAGAUGCUGUGCAAGUAUAAAUUUACUAUAAACUUGAUCACACGCAAGCCACCGUGCCUUGCUGUGGAGUGCGCGGUGGACACCAGUGGAUGCGAUGGCCGAACUGUCAGAAGUACACGGCCCAGCCGCCGGAUGUUUCAGAAAACUAAACCGUUUGACUGGCAAAGGAUACUUACAACGUAAACCUGAAUUAUUAUUACUGACUAUGCUACGUUAGUGGGUAAGUUGACAAAUAUUAUUUUUCAUCCGGUUCUAUUUCAACGAAACAGACUCAAAAUUAAAAGUUGGUGUACACUAUAGUGACAGUUUUGUAAUAUAGUAGGUCUCUUCCAAAACGUUUCUCCUCCCAAUCUGUAAAUAAGCCCCAGUGUGCUUUUCGAUAACUAGGCACUACCAUAGUAUGAAAGUCUUUGGUCGCUACGAGGUGACGGAUGAGAUGAACCGAAUCGUCACCUAUGGACACAAAGCCAGUUUCUGUCUGGAGGACAACAACUGCGAUAGAAAUGCAACCAAAUUCUUCCACUGCAGUAACGUUAUGGACACCAAAGGCAAACAAGGUAAGAUUACCAGAUAAAGCAAUCAGCGACCUAAACCCAAACGACUUGGCAUACAUAUUUGACAACAUUCAACCCAAGAGUCGGUUUGGGGCGAGCGUACUUUUUCAACUAAGUACUGUCAUACACACACCUACACUAAAUUUACGUACACUCAGGGUCAACACUGGUAACGGAGGGGAAACCCCAUGAAUCAAAAAAGCCAUGACAUGGCCUGAGGCAUGUGAACAAAUAUUAGGGCCCUGGGAAAUUUAUAAUCUGCAGAAGACGAAGAAUAAUUGGGAAUCUGGGAAAGAAGGAAUGGAGUUUUUUUUCGGCGUAGGACUCCGACUUAAAGGCAGCCAGAUGGGACCGUGUUGACAGGCUCGCUGUGGAAAGACGGAAGGGAAGUGAGCAGACACAGGUCACAACUGGUGAUGUGGAGGAAGUAGACCUUGGCCACAAGAAAGGUAAGCUUUAUACGAAAGCCCUUUGCGCUCCAGACCGUGAUUAGACAGAAUCGUAUGUUUGUCUCAAACCUCGCAAUCAGAGACGUACGGAUUUGCCAGAAGAGUAUAGGUACGAGACACCAAAUAUGCGUUGGUUAGAUCUACCACAAUGUAAACAAUCCCCAGUUGUACGCGGAUGAGGAUUUUCUCGCAAAGUAUUUUGAAACUGGGCAAAUCACGCAAUAGAUAUGGACGAACGGUCUGUUCGAAUGAAGUUGAAUGCGGAAGCCAGUCCUAUUAGCGUGUAAAACCCGAGGCCUUGCAUUGUGAAAUUUUUCUCAGAUUAAUAAAGAACCCUGGCGUUUAUUCAGAACAUUUAAUUGUCACAGUAUUGCAGUUAAGAACUUGGCGAAUAGCAGGAAGUCAAAGUUCAGUAACGAGUUAGUACGAAAUAAGAAUGACUGAUCUGACAACUCGCAUUCUAUGCUGUUGGAAAACCAACUAAUCUGGCAAAAAGGGGUUGCGUGGCUCAAUUCUGUCGAACGGUCUACGGACGGAAGAACGUAUGACAUAGGAAUCAUCUCAGCAGACCUGAAAAUCGUAUUUUUAAAUCCGUCCUUGGAAGAGAUUGAGAUGAUAUGGUUGGAUCAGGAUGUAAUGUCCAUACCGGCGACCCCUGAACAAUCCUAUUAAUGGCUAGCCUCGAAAUCGAUAUGAAUGCUUGGGUUGAAUCUCAACGACGUCAGCUGACUAAUUGCGCGGUACUCAGGGCCACGAAGUUGGAAGCAGUCUAUUUUGCAUUCAGUGAAUAAGUUACCCCUACUCUUAACUUACUUAUUAGCCGAGAGGACGCCUAGUCACGUGCUCUGCGGACUUCUUUGUUGCUACACGAAGCAUACGAGAGUGGUUGGGCUCACCAAUGUGUUCCCAGUAUUAACCAUUUCGUCUCUAACAGAAUUAUAAUCCUCGCAUUGCAAAGUUGGAGUGCGCACCACAUACUACUCCGGGAACGUUGUCAUGCCUCUUGCGUUCGCGUCAUGCAACCGAAGAAAACCAGAGAAAUAAGUGUCUAGACCACUGGUGAGGACUUACGUAUGUAUGACCCGACUGCCCAGUGUAUACACACUUGAGAGACUCGCCCACUGACCGCCUAGUUGCGGGAAGUGCUGAUUGGUGAUUAUCACUGGAGGCUGCAACGUACAUGUAUAAACAUACAAAUAUAUUAGUAAAAUCAGGGCAAGUAGAUGGUAAUUUUAGUUCAAAGAGCGACUAGGAUGGCAAUGAGAGACGAACUGUCUGCCAAAUAGACUAGAAAAAUACGCUUAGGUUUCUAAGGAUACAGGUAGUUCGAUGAGUUUGUAUGAUUCUAUGCUCAAAUGUGUUGAGAAAUAUGUGUUUACAUAGCUAAUGUAAACAAAGUGGACAAAAAAACAUAUUUCGGACAAUCCUCACCCCAUGCUUUAGAAUGAUUUAGACGUCUUACGAGCACAGACUACGGAAAUAAUAGAACACGCCGCUCUUCUUUUAAUUUAAUUGUGCAUGUAAGUUGAUCAGAUUUUUGUGAAUAAAACUCUCCGAUUAGCGGAUCGCUUUCCGGCUUUAGACAGAAGGCAGUGUUUUCAUUAGACAGUGGGGUGUUGUGGAGAUGCUUUGAUAAAGCCGGUAUUCUCCUCAACCGUCCUUUGUUGCGGGCAACACGUCGAUAGCUAUCAUCCCAUUGCUCGUGAAACUCGCCUUUCUUUACGUUGCUGACCCAAGAUGGUGCUGUGCAUGAAACUUGGGCGCAACAGACGAUCCUGUGACAUGCUUAAAUAUGACCUCACCAGUAACUUUAUCUUGCCUAAAAUUUGCUUUAUCUCAAUGUGGCCAUUUCAUCUAGACCUUAAUGUUUGACGACGCUUCCAUUAUUUUCAAUCAAGGAAUAAGUCCCGGUUGUCAGGACGAGUACUUCGCAGAAUACGACUGUCAGUGGGUUGACAUCACCGAGGUAGCGCCUGGCAACUACACUUAUCAGGUAAGCAGCUAUUGCGCAUUCUGUGCAAAAUCACUCAAAUCAGUUUGCAUGAAUAUGAAGGAAAAGGAUGCAUCUCCUCGACCAGACGCCACGGCAAAGCGCGUUUACUUCCAAAAGACAAUCACUCAAUCGCUAGAUACGUCUUGGAGGAUAAGUCGGUCCACAUUACCAAGUAGAAUAUAAACCAAGCCAUUAGAUCUUCUUGAGAGGCUGUAGGUCAUAAGCGGAAAAACCGACAUAUUAGCAGAAUUGCUGAUCAAGGCCAGACAUAAAUUUUUCUAACGGUAACUGGUGGAACCGAAGAAUUCUGAUCUUCGCCAUAAAAGUUCAAAAUUGUGCUGCGUGGAUCCCUGCAACGUAUUUACCGAUGCAAAUAGGAGACGCAAGCGAACUAACAAGGAGAUGGAGUCCAGGAUCAUUUGCCCAAGAGGGGACUUCGAUACCCCCUUUUUAAUUCUUUACUGGCAAAAUAAGUUGCGGAUCAACAAAGUCCUUCCUAUCCGACCCGACUGCGAAGAAAUCAACGGCCUUGGUCGGAGAGCGAGAGCAAGACUUUAACACGGCCAGCAUUCGAACUAGCUGAGCUACGAGGCCCCAUAAGAGCCGUAAAAGUACCUCCCACUUAGACGAUUUCCCCCGUUAGCUUGGGAAACCUCUGGUCGUGGUACACUCAUGCCAAGUAAAAAAACAAGCUCUAUGUGAAUUAAAAGCAACAGGAACUGCAGUCGUCUGUCCCUCUCACCGCCUCUUCCCCACCUGGAGCAUCGGAGGGGUUCACAACACGAAUGGCGGCCGAACGCCCAACAUGAUUCCCUUCACCAGGCUACGUUUGCGGUAGUACACGCGACGGCAUCAUAAUUGCCGAAAUUGGCCCUUGCACCCACGUUCCCCAUAAAUGUUUGAUAACGCUCGGUCCGAUGAAAAUAAGGGGCUUGUUUGCCAGAGGCCACUAUCUACUCUCGUUAGGUCAAAAGUUGGACAGAGGCGGAAAAGCAUAAUCCAUUACUAAAUUAGAGAUUGUUGUCGUGGGAUUCACAAGACUGUGCUAAAUAACGAACCGCGCAUCAGUAGAUCUUGCAAAGCAAGUCAAUUAGCUAACUGGUGGUGUGGCGACCAUUUCAAGGACAUUCGGGCGAGGAAAGUUGGAUCUUUCCCUGGUCGAGAAAAUCUCUUCGUCAAAAGUUGCGGCCAAAUUUUCAGAAACAGUGAAACCCAAAUAUUGGCCUUAAGUCUUGUCCUGCUUGUAACUUAACUUAAUGUUUUAUACUAUAUUAAGCCCCAUAUCACCAAAGCUUAAGUCGCCUGCUCGAAAAUGCAUUAUAUCUGAUAAAAAGGCCACGUCCGCAAAUAUUCAUGGUUAAACCUAUUCUGGCCUCCGGAAGAGGGAGGAUUUGUCAGCUACAAUGAUAAAGCCUUGUGUCUGUGAUGUCACGAACAGAACGCCCAUUUCUCUCUAAAGGACUAUGAAGCCACAGACCCUACUCUGUACUUUCCUGGUGAACAUCAUCGUCCGCGACCGUCGAACUCCCAUAAUGUCCUCAAAAUCAAACUAUUUUGUUGCACGCGUACAUUCUACUGCCACCCUUAACCGGCAUUCGACCACAAUACCGCCCCUUGUGCAUUCAAUCGUCACCCACGAUCUGAACGGGAGCAGAAGCCUUUGUCCGAGCAUGGGCUUUGUAGACAAGCUCCAUGUGGUACUGACGCAUUCAUGUGCUUAUCUUAAAUGACAAGCUUCAGACUGCCAACAAGGCUCAUGAAGAUAAAGAUGAGGAGAUAUGGCUGCAGUGAAGCUUUAGAAAACAUGCUUGUCCACUUUGGACGGAAAGCCGCAUGAUUAAACAAAAGUGAGACCUAUGGAAUCUCUUACUAGCAAUUCCAGUCAAACGUUUCGUAGAAAACUCGAAAACUACUAGAUGCAAAUCUAACCUGCGCUUAGAUCAAUUGCCGGCGCGUCCCUGCUUGGGAGACAACUGCAGUCAAUGGUGGCCUCUUGCAGACUGUCAACCAACUUUAUGCGGAUGAUGCAUCUUCACUAGAUAAAAGCCUCGGUGGCUCAUUUGUAGAUAAUGAGUGAGGACCUCCAGCCGGGUACGCUGGGCGAAGUACGUUAGUAGCCCUGUGGGCUCCGCUAACGACGGUUGGUGGGUUUUCGUCAAAUCUCAUUAUGGAUUCAACCGAGCUCAGUGCCUUCAAUGGCCACAGGCUCCCCUGAGGAUAGGGACCGUGCCGCCGGUUCCCGUACUAUCUUUGAUAUAUUUGUCCCAGAUGACGGAAAGUCGAUCUUGCCCCGCGUCCACAUCCAACUAGUGUGAACGAAGUCCCAAAGGGACCUCCAGUAACCCGGACGAAGACUAAGAGAGACGCCAGUGGAAGAUGGGUUAUGAGGCCCUUCGGCCGUCCUACAGAGCAAAUUCUACCGUGCAGCGGCUAACUACGCAGGGUCAACAAAGUCCUUAAUCUUUUAGCACAAUGCCCAGAUAUGGUCUGUCUUCUCCCUUUUUAUUCAUGCGUGAUUUUCUUCCCAAGUCUUUGAAAUGUGGUCACAUCGACUUUAAAGAAUUUCAAAGAGCAUCUAAGAACCUUGUCUUCUAUUUUAACCCAAGGUAUCCUACAACCCUGAUUUCUAUGUUGCGGAAUCCAACUACUUCAACAACGCUGUAACAUGCCGCCUGGACUAUCGCGGAAACUGGGCACGCUUCUACGACUGUCAGAUUGUCCACCCACACGAUCUGAUUUGA